AUGCUGUUGCACGGGGCGCAAUCUCCCUCCCAUGCGCUCGACACCCACGCGCUGGAGAUGGAUCAGCACCAACACCAGCAGGCGAGGCAGCUGAGACGCAAGAGGAAAGCCGAGUCUCAAGACAAUGAGCGGUUGUCUAAGAGGCUCAGCCUUUUGAAUUUGGGUAAGUCUGUAAUUUUUCAUUAUGCAGAGAAGAAUGGUCAGAAACUCUACGUUCCCGUGGAGAAUCCCUCUGCCACUGCAUCCUCCCCAUCGCCUCAGGUAAUUCCAUCAGCCGCAUCGUCAACCACGUCCUCCAGUGGUCGCCACGGCAAUCUUGGGCCCCCAUCCGAUGAAGUUAUGCAGUUAGACGACUCCAAGUACAAGGUCUACAUUUACGAUAUCGACGAUGAACUAUCCUCGUCCGAGAGUGAACCCGACGAAGGCAAGUUGGUUUUCCUCCCAGAUAUUGAGAAGCAUCUUCGAGCCUCCCGCAUUCCUCCCUCCAUUCUCGCCAACGACCAAGGCGAGCUUGCUGGCAUGCAGGUGGUCCUUUACAACGAGCCCACGUCUUUGACCGUACCUCGCGAGCAGGACAGCGUCCGCAAGGCCAUUGUUGAAGCCCGCGCCCGUAUGCGCGAGAAACAGCGUCUUGAACGCGAGGGCAGGGGCGAGCCGGUGCAGAUGCCACCGCCCUUCGUCCCCCAGCAGACCAUUUCUCCGACAACGACCGCUGAAUCAUUCUCUUCAGUUCCGGCACCUGCAGAAAGCGACCCAGACGCCAUGGACAUGGAUUAG